AUGCCGAACAUGGCGGAGAAGAAGGAGGAGACCCCCGACUCCGGGGAGCCAGUGUGCGUGCUGUGCGGCCGCGCACAGGUGAACCCGGACAUCUGCGGGCAGGCAUUUGCCAGCGGUGGGCUCUGUGCCCACGAAUUCUGCUUGGUCUUUGCCAACGGGCUUCUGGAGUGGAGAUGCCCAGCGGGGGAAAUUUUUGGCUUCCCCAUUAGCGCCAUCCAGCGCACGCUCCAGCUGGCAGGCCAGAAGAACUGCUUUGUCUGUGGCCAGAGGGGAGCUGCCAUCAGCUGCGCGGAGACAGGCUGCGAGCGCAGCUUCCACCUGCCCUGCGCCGAGGACGGGCAAUGCGUCACGCAGCACGUUGGGCCGCACAGGUCCUUCUGCUGGGAGCAUCGCCCUCGGCAGGCAGCGGAGGCAGCUCCGUCGCAGAACACCAUCUGCGUCAUCUGCCUGGAGCCCGUGGGGGACAGCACGUCCUACCACACCAUGGUGUGCCCGGUGUGCAAGCAGGCCUGGUUCCACCGGGGCUGCAUCAGGAAACAUGCCCUGCACGCCGCCACCAUGCGAUUCUUCUGCCCUGUCUGCGGAGGAAAAAGAAGAUUCCGCUCCCAGAUGACCACCCUGGGCAUCCAAAUCCCAAUCAGACGACCAUCUUGGUGGGACGACGCAGCAUACCAGCCGCUGCGAGAAAGCCACAGGCGCUGCGACGCCAACCCGUGCAUCUACCUAGGAGGCAGGGGGAGGGCACAGGAGAGGGGGUGA